AUGCCAUCGUCAAUCACGCUUACAGUUAAACAUUUGUCCACCUCAACCUCGUUCUUUCUUUCGACCCUUCAACCUCUAGAAUAUGUAUACAGAGGGCGUAUCGAUAAUACUAUCGGGUUUGGUCUGAAAGACUCUCCUCCCGACUUCUGGAUUUCUCAAGAGACACCAGGAGUGCCAGCAGGUGCGGCUCAUGUAGCCUUUCCGGCCACUUCCCAAAGCACAGUAAAAGACUUCUUCAUCGCAGCACUCAAGGCUGGCGGCAGGUGUCAUGGUGAACCUGCACUCCGAGAUCCAGCAACUGGCUACUUUAGUGCAGCCGUGAUCGAUUUUGACGGUAACAGCAUCGAAGCCGUUCAUCGACCAGACCUGAUCGACGAAGGUUAUGGUAGUCGACCAAGUAGCGUAUCUAGUGUGUCAUCUGUCAAGUCCAAGCCUGUGCCGUCGGCAAAAGCGUCAACAGUGGCAUCCCGAGCCUCAACUGCUAAACAAGCGCCGAGCGAGGCUCGGAGCGUGGCGCCUUCGCAUGUAUUGAAAGCAGUAUCAGGGGCACCAACCACAAUCCCUGCAGCUGCCAGUUCAGUCUCUAAAACCGCCUCUCACGUUUCCAAGGCGCACACCGCUGCUCCAACUCAAGUCUCUCGUGCUGCGAGCCAUUCCUCUCGAGCACCGACGUCUAUUGCUCGAGCACCGCCCCAGUCCAGCGGCCAGUACGUUUCUGCCCAGCCUGAUCAAGCACAAACAGUGACGCACACGAUGCCUACAGGCGAAGUUGUCACUUCUAUAUUGUCUGAAACUCGAGGCGCGAUAAACCUAGCGCAAGAGCUCGUUAACCACGUUCGUCCAGCUCUUGAUUCGUCAAACUCGGCACCGAACAUUCGUCCGUCCUCCAAUCUAUCAGAUCCAAACAGUCACAAGCCUAGUGACACCAUUGUCGGCACACUGCUGGGCGUAGCCGCUGGUGCAGCCCUGCACUAUGCAUACACUAAAGCCACUGAAUCAGGCAAAAAGCCCGAAGCGAUAUCGACCGCAGCACCAAGACCAAAUAUUGCGCGGACCUUCACAGAGCCCAGCUUCGCGGAUGGCGAGAACAGAAUGUAUUACUACCACGAGUACGCACGCAGCCCAGCCAAUCACCCGUACGCCAUCGAAGCUCCACCAAGUGCAUAUGGCUUCUCGCAACACGAGCCAAGCCGUAUAGGCAGCCAGCGAUACAUCACAAUGCAAAACAACGACGAGCGUUUGUCCGACUAUACAACCAGCCACCGUCCACGACGGAGAUCCAGCCUAAGCAACAUCGACGUCAAGAGCUUCGCAAGCCAAAGUCGAGCCAGCCAGGCCGCCAAAAGCAGCACCCGCAUGCUCGGCGCACCACCAAAUUCCUACCGUGCACCAACCGCAAUCACCAUGGCCGAAACCGACAACCACAGCCGAGCAUCUGGCCGAUCACGCUCAAGAAGUCGAAUCAGCUCCAUCCUCCGCUCCAACUCCGUUUCAGGCGAGAGUAAAGCCUCACGCAGAAGCAGUAGCAGCAGACACGCUAGCGACGAAGACCUAAGAAGUCGAGCGAAAUCCCACAUCAGCAGAAGAUCAAGCAUUGUAUCCAAAACUCCAAGUACCACCUCCCAAAGCGAAGCCACAACCGUGAAACCCAUCAAACCUACACCCUCCACCACCGCUCCAUCUCACGUCUCAAAAGCUCCAACAACAGCACCAUCCCGUGCACCAAGCAAAACCAGCACCGUCAUCAAACCCGAAAACACCCCUCUCCCACCCUCUCGUGCCGGAACCACAAUCAGCGCCUCACCAUCCGACUAUCAGUCCACACAUUCCAAAGCGAACAAAACGGUAAUUGGUCGGAUGAUCGAGAAGGAUAGACAGAGCGCUUUGACGAAGAGUGUGGUAGGGAAACUUGAGGAUAGUAGGAAGUUGAAUGUGCCGAGGGAUGAGGUUGAGCCGAGUGAUAGUGUUAGUCAGAUUAGUAGCGUGAGGAGUUCGAGGAGGUCGAGUCGACGGUGA